AUGUCAUGGAAUCAGCGACAGAGGAUUCGUGUUGCACAGGAGAAGAAGAUCGCCAUCAUCAAGGCCCUGAGAGCCAUCACUGGCCUCGGUUUGAAGGACGCCAAGGGCUUGGCUGACAACCCGGGCAAGUUCAUCGAGGGAAAGCCGAAGGAGUUCUGCGAAGAUGCCGUGAAGCAGCUCGAGGAAGCUGGUGCCAAAGCAACAAUUGAGUGA